CAAUACUAUAAGCCAAGUUCAGGUACCGAGGUACCUAUAGCACCUGAAGGCAAGAACCUUGACCCUGGCAUGAGCCUGAAGCUUGACAGCCUAAACCAGGUGGGACGGGAUUAUUAUUAGCAAGCCAGUAAAGACCACCUUUGGGGAAAAGGCCAGCAAACCAUACCGCCGCCCAAGGCUUGGAGGUUAAAUCUAGAAUUCGGCCUUGCGACACAUCUCAGCCUGCGCUUGACUGCAAGUCUUUUAUACAUACACUUUCUCGAUGACCAUGACAUUCGACUUGGGUGCAUGAUCGAUCUCGCCUUCCCCAGCUAAUGUCUUGUUUAUUACCCACGCUUUCUCAGUAUUGCAGGUACCUAAGGUAACCCAAAAUAUCAGUUGGCCUCGACUUGGAGGGGCAGACACACCCAACGAACUUACUUCCCCGAGCAACCACACCGACUACGGCCACAACUUGCAGAUGCAGUGAGCUCCAUGGCCGACUACUCUAUGUAUCAUGCCCUCGGGCAGGGCGAACAGCUGGACCCCAACGACCCGAAUCGCACAAGCCAACCUGCACCUCCCCAGUUCCAGCCGCCCGCGGCACAGUUCCCAGCUCAGCAGAGUCCAGCCUACGGUUCCCCGGUUUCUGCAACUGCACCACCCGGCCAACCAGCGGCACCCGGCUAUGGCGCGCCCAUGCAAGCACAGCAGGCUCCCGGAGCGCAGGGUUACUUUCAGGGCCAGCCUUCUCCGGGUCAGGAUGCCGACCUGGCGGCACAGAUGGGGGGCAUGAACCUAGGCCAGGAGGCUGCGUCGGCGCAUGGGAAGAAGAAAAAGAAGGACAGGCACGCCUAUCAUACCGUUGAAGCUACUGGUUCGUCACAGGCUUUCAAUGGCAUCCCGCCUGCUGGGACGGCGGCGACAGCUUUCUUGAAUUCCGACCCUUCGGGUACCGCCGGCUUUGUUGGCCAAGUAGACCCGCAGGCCAACCAGUUCCCAAGGCAGGCUGGUGUACAAUUUCCUGCUCAGGGUGGCACGCCGUUUCCUGCGCCUUCCUCGCAGUUCGCCCCCGUACCAGGCGGCCCCGCAUCGCAGCCCGCCUUUGCACCAAGCGGCGGUUCCUCCCAAGUCUCGCCCGAUGAGAUCCCUAGUGUCCCAGUCUCUCGUGACUCAGUUCAGCAAUACUUUUUCAGCAAUGUCUAUCCCACUUUCGAACGACAUGUGCCUCCGCCUGCCGCCAUCUCCUUCGUCGCCUAUGACCAGGGCAACUCUUCUCCUAAAUAUGCUCGUCUGACCAUGAACAAUAUCCCCUCGAGCACAGAAGGCCUGCAAAGUACUGGCUUGCCCCUGGGUCUCAUACUGCAACCUCUAGCCCCGUUACAGGAGGGAGAGUCUCCGAUCCCGGUCCUGGACUUUGGUGAUGCUGGACCUCCAAGAUGCCGGAGAUGUCGAGCCUAUAUCAACCCUUUUAUGAUGUUCAGGGCUGGUGGUAACAAAUUCGUCUGCAACCUUUGCACCUACCCCAACGAUACCCCAUCCGAAUAUUUCUGUGCGACCUCGCCACAAGGUGUACGUGCCGACCGAGACCAACGGCCGGAGCUCUGCCGGGGUACAGUCGAGUUUGUUGUGCCCAAGGAGUACUGGACAAAAGAGCCUGUCGGCAUGCGCUGGCUGUUUGUGAUCGAUGUGACCCAAGAAUCUUAUAACAAGGGCUUCCUAGAGUCCUUUUGUGAUGGUGUCCUGAGGGCACUAUAUGGUGGGGAUAGUAGUGAGGACGAAAAGGAUGAAAAUGGAGAGCCCAGUGUGAAAAGGAGUAUACCGCCUAACGCAAGGGUCGGAUUCGUCACGUUUGACAAGGACGUACACUUCUACAACGUCAGCGCGUCCUUGGAACAAGCCCAGAUGAUGAUCAUGACCGACAUCGAGGAUCCCUUCGUUCCACUCAGCGAGGGACUCUUCGUUGAUCCUUAUGAGUCCAAGGCUGUCAUCACUUCGCUUCUGAGCAGAUUGCCAACUAUGUUUUCCAACAUUAAGAACCCAGAACCCGCGCUACUCUCCACUCUCAACUCAGCAGUGUCAGCACUAGAGAAGACUGGAGGCAAGGUCAUUUGUUCACUCUCUGCGCUCCCGACCUGGGGCCCAGGACGGCUCUUCAUGAGGGAUGAUGGCAAGCACCCUGGUGGCGAGAUUGACAAGAAGCUUUUCACGACCGAGCACCCUGCCUGGAAGAAGCUGGCGGAGAAAAUGGCGUCUAGUGGCAUUGGUGUCGACUUUUUCAUGGCUGCACCUUCCGGUGGCUACCUGGACAUCGCAACCGUCGGUCAUGUUUCAUCAACUACUGGCGGCGAGACUUACUAUUACCCCAACUUCAUCGCGCCUAGGGACAACACCAAAUUGUCACUUGAGAUCAAGCAUUCUGUGGAACGGGAGACGGGAUAUCAAGCUUUGAUGAAAGUCCGAUGCUCGAACGGUCUCCAGGUUUCUGCGUACCACGGCAACUUCAUCCAACACAAUUUCAACGCCGACCUUGAGAUUGGAGUUAUCGACCAGGACAAGGCAAUUGGUGUCAGCUUCAGCUACGAUGGCAAGCUAGAUUCAAAGCUGGAUGCUCACUUCCAAGCCGCCCUACUGUAUACCACAGGAAAUGGAGAGAGGCGCGUACGAUGCUGCAAUAUCAUUGCCAGCGUAAAUGAAAACCCACGCGAGAGCAUGAAGUUUGUGGACCAGGACGCGGUUUAUUCCAUCCUCGCCAAAGAAGCUGCAACAAAGCUUGCAACAACAUCGGCUUCUCUGAAGGACAUCCGCCUCAGCCUCACAGAGAAGACGAUCGACUCAAUGGCAGGCUACCGGAAGAACCAUACAGCCCAGUCGCACCCACCGGGUCAGCUCGUUAUGCCUGAGCGACUCAAGGAGUUCUGUAUUUACAUGCUUGCACUCGUCAAGUGCAGAGCAUUCAAGGGUGGUAGCGAGACAUCGGACAGGAGAGUACAUGAGAUGCGCAUGAUACGGUCCAUGAGCGCACUCGAACUCAGCUUGUAUCUGUACCCACGUAUGAUUCCCAUCCACAACCUUCAACCCGAGGAGGGCUUCCCGGAUGCGCAAACUGGUCAUCUCCGCAUGCCACCCGCCAUACGGGCGUCUUUCAGCCGCGUCGAGACUGGUGGUGUCUAUUUGGUCGAUAAUGGACAACAAUGUCUGAUGUGGUUCCAUGCGCAAACGUCGCCCAACCUGAUUGCCGAUCUCUUUGGAGAGGACAAGACGGAACUCAAGGCACUGGACGCGUACACCUCAACGUUGCCAGUCUUGGAAACACAUUUGAACGCGCAAGUGCGCAACAUAGUUGAGUUUCUACGGACGCUCCGCGGCUCCAAGGGGCUCACGAUCCAGCUGGCACGACAGGGCAUUGACGGGGCUGAAUACGAGUUUGCACGUAUGUUAGUUGAAGAUCGGAACAAUGAGGCACAAAGCUAUGUCGACUGGCUGGUGCACAUACAUAAGGGCGUCCAACUGGAGUUGACUGGGCAGAGGAAGAAGGAAAACCACAGUGAAUCAUCGACGCUGUCAAACUUUGCUGGUUUGCGACCUGGGUACUGGUAGGUCAGGGAUGCAGUGUCACCAACGCAUCUCGGUUUCACAUGAUAUGACCAAUUUAAGUAUAGAUUCAAAAUGAAUUAUUUUACGGCCUACGAGAGGGAUUUUCUGAGGCCGAUACAGCCACCUUGAUCCCCUGUUACUGUUUUGCUGUGCAUUAUGGGGGGUUUUUUUGGUGUUUUUUUUUUUCUUAGUCUUUAAUGGCGCGCCGAGCUGGUGACGUUUGGCCCUACGUAGUGUGCUCGCAGCAGCCAAGGACAAGAAAACCAGGGAUUCAUUUUUACUUACUUUGGUGAUUGGUACAAAAGCAGAUGAUUUGGUUUCCAGAAUGGUUGUUCUCAACGAUUUUAACAGGGUGAUUUUAACCAG